AUGACCUUCCGUGCCAGUCAUCUAUACCGCAAUGGUCCGGAAGCUGAGGGCGCCUUUGGCGUCGAUUCGAUCCCUUUGACAGUCGUCGCACAUAUCAUUUCCUUCCUUGACGAUGACGUUGCCUCGCUGGCUCGACUAUGUCGCACCUCUCGCGUUCUCUGGUACAUGACUCUGCCGCACUUGUGGAAAAAUGUCACGUUGAAAUCAUACAGCACCAUUCGCUACAAGGAGGAUGUGCCGGAGGGAUUUGGGAGCGCAAGCCCCUUCGCGAUGGGAUUGAAUGCGCUGGUCACAAGGAACGUCUCGAGUCUGGUGCGGUCGCUGAGCCUAGAGGGAGAAUUCAGCUCUGCAGACGUGAACGAACAUGCAAGAGUUGGUCGGAUAUCGGAGAGCACCAUGAUCUUGAACAUCGCUGUCCGCGCGGUCCUUGAUCAGUGCACACACCUCGAGAAGUUCCGCUGGGAUCUGAAUGUACGGAUACAGCCGAAUGUCCACGCCGGGCUGGCGAAGCUCGAGCGGUUAGAGUCACUGUGGAUUCGUUUCCCUUCCAACAGAUCUCCUCAACCCUCGUAUGAAAUCCCUCCUUUGCCGAAACUGAGAUCGUUGAUCUUCACGCAUUACGACCCGUUGUGUUAUCCCGAUGACAUAUCCACUCUUCUGCUCCAUGGCACGAGGCUUGAGAACCUGGUCAUGCAUUUUUCUCCACGCAUGCGUGAACAAGGCGAACCCUCUGUGAUCCUCACACACUUCUUCCGGAAGAACAUUGCUGCCAAGAGAAAACUCCGCCUGAAGAGUAUGGGGGUGUACAAUCUACUGAACAGUGCCGACCCCACCGAGUGUCUCCAUGCAGUGGACACCACCGGAAUAGAGCAUUUCACCACUGUGAACACGUUUGGCCCGGACGAGGACGCCCCGGUGGUGGACGACCGUUCCGGUCUCGUCAAUGCCACGCAUUUCAUCGAUCGAACAUGGCAUAUGAUAGUCAAGGCUGAGGAGCAUGCUCCGAGACCGAAAAGCAUGAGGGUCGACCAACUACACAGGAGGCACGCACAAGACUUGGGCAAGUUCGUGGGUUUGGAGAAGCUCUAUCUUAUCAAUGCACGACAUAAGCAGCAUCGAACCGAAGGGCCACCUGUGAACAUCCACAAUGAGAUCUCGCCGAAGUCGGCCGACUCAUUGCCAUUCUACAAAGCAGCUACCGACGACGUCCGUUCCUCGAGAGCCACACCUGUUCGAGCCGUAUCGGCCACGGCCACGGCUUCAAUCUCCCUUCGCGACCUGUAUCUAGACAAUAUCUGCAAUGUCUGCGGUCCGACACUCAAGCACCUCAUACUCCCUGCACGCUGGCCGCUUCCCACGGCAAUCACAGCCCGACUUAUCCGGUCUUGUCCGAAUCUGACACAGCUCGCCGCAGCCCUAGACUGCCUUGGAGAUUCACAGGCCGAAGCGCUGAGGCUCCUUGUACCGAGGCUCAGCGAGUUAUGGGCCAUCCGUGUACUUGCUCCGCUGGGCCAGGAAGCGUGUGGUGAGGAAGGCACGAAAAAUGUAGAAGCCUACGAGAACUUCGUCAACCUACCAGAUCACCUUCACGAGGAGCAAAUGUCUACUAGUCUCGCUGCAAGAAGCGGUGGUCCGAGCCCACAGACUGCGAAAUUCGUCAAGCUGAGGUAUAUCGGGUUUGGCUGGAAGAUCUGGGAGCUCGGACCGGCUCUGGAAGAAGCCGUUGCAAGAACUGACGAUGGGUAUAUAGAGGGUGGCACGGACAGCCAAAAUAAGACAUCCGCUGUGUACCGGCGACGAUUGAAGCGAAUUGAAGAGAAGGACGUCCAGCAUGUCGAGAUCUGGAGGAUGGACUCGCUGGAUAUUGUCUGA